GCUUUGCCCGCUUUCAAGAUGGCGGCGGCGGCGCCUUGCCCUGACGGCCUGUCCGCGUACGGGUGAGGAGGAGAAGGCGGUCCCGGGGCUGGCAGCGCCGCCAUUGCCGCAGGAAGAGGAGGAGGAGAAGGAGGGCGGAAGCGGGGAGCCCCCGUGCUAAGCUUGCGAGCGGGAGUUGGCGGCUGCAGGGUGCUGGCAGCCCCCUGCCUGCCCUCGCCAUGCCGUGCGUGGCUGACUGGCUCAACAAUCCCUUCAGCAUCGUGCAGGGCAUCUUCGCCCAAAAUGUUCCAAACUCUGAUUGGGAAAAGAAGGUAACCGAAUACUUCAAGGAGAAAUUAAAAGAAAACAAUGCCACGAACUGGGUUCCAUCACUGAAUGAUGUUCCUGUACAUUACCUAAAGCCCAACAGUUUAGUGAAAUUUCGCUGCAUGGUCCAAGAUAUGUUUGAUCCUGAGUUUUACAUGGGAGUGUAUGAAACAGUUGACCCAAACACAAAUGCACGCGUUUUGCAUUUUGGCAAAUAUAGAGAUGUGGCAGAAUGUGGGCCUCAGCAGGAAAUUGAUUUGAACUCCUCACAAACAGUCACCUCAGAAAGACAGACUUUCUACUGCGUUCCAGUGCCUGGUGAAUCAGCAUGGGUGAAAGAAGCAUAUAUUAGCGCAAGCCAAGCUCGAGUUAGUCCCUCAACAUCCUACACACCGAGUCGCCACAAGAGGAGCUAUGAGGAAGAUGAGGACAUGGAUCUACAUCCAUCUAAACAGAAAGAGCAACAUACGGGCAGUGGAGGUGAUAUCCAUGGAUGUGUGGAGCCAAAGAGAUUAGAAACAGAAGCUUCUGCAGGUCAUCAUCUCAUUUCUCCCAACUGCUCCCCUCCACUUGACUUAAAUUUUCCAUUGCCAGGAGAGAAGGGACCAGCAUGUCUUGUAAAGGUCUAUGAGAGCUGGGACAGCUUCAAAGUCAAUGAUGUUCUGGAGGUAUACGGCAUUUUGUCUGUGGAUCCAGUGCUGAGCAUAGUAAACAAUGAAGAGAGGGACAGCUCAACCCUCAAUCCUGUGGAGUCUAUGGACACAGCAGAGGAACAGAGAGUGCACAGUCCUCCGGCCUCAUUAGUCCCAAGAAUCCAUGUGAUUUUGGCACAGAAAUUACAGCACAUUAACCCAUUACUGCCUGCCUGCCUUAAUGAAGAGGAGAGUAAAACCUUUGUGUCUAAUUUCAUGUCGGAGCUGUCACCAGUGAGAGCAGAGUUGCUUGGGUUCCUCACCCAUGCCCUCUUGGGAGACAGUUUGGCUGCCGAAUACCUUAUACUGCAUCUCAUCUCUACAGUUUAUGCAAGACGAGAUGUGCUUCCUCUGGGAAAAUUCACAGUCAACUUGAGCGGAUGUCCAAGGAAUAACAUCUUCACGGAGCACAUAUACCGCAUCAUCCAGCAGCUUGUGCCAGCAUCCUAUCGCCUCCAAAUGACCAUUGAGAACAUGAACCACUCACGAUUCAUCCCACACAAAGACUAUGCAGCCAAUCGCUUAGUCAGUGGGGUGUUGCAGCUUGCCAGCAACACUUCCCUUGUCGUGGAUGAGACUCAGCUCGAGCAAGGACAGCUUGACACAAAAGGUGUCCAUAACGUGACAGCGCUGGGUAACCUGAUCACUUGGCAGAAGGUGGAUUAUGACUUCAGUUACCACCAGAUGGAAUUCCCGUGCAAUAUUAAUGUUCUUAUCACUUCCGAGGGCCGAUCGCUCCUACCGUCAGAUUGCCAAGUCCACUUACAACCACAGAUAAUCCCACCAAACAUGGAGGAGUACAUGAGCAGCCUCCUCACAGCAGUGCUCCCUUCUGUCCUCAACAAGUUUCGCAUUUACCUCAGCUUGUUGAGGCUGCUGGACUACAGCAUCUCUGAGGAAGUGACCAAGGCAGUAGAAGAAGACUUUGUCGAGAUGAGGAAGAACGACCCUGAGAGUGUGACAGCCGAUGACCUGCACAGAACACUGCUCGUAGCGAGGUUCCUGUCUCUCAGCGUGGGGCAAACGACGCUAUCCAGGGAGAGGUGGCUGAGAGCAAAACAACUGGAGGCCUUACGGAAAGCCAGGCUGCAGCAGCAGAAAUGUGUCAAUGGGAAUGAACUUUAACCCUCUGUGGAUGUCACUAGGAGAGUUUGUCUAAUCCUAGAUGGAAGCCCCCUACUAAGAUUGGAAUAUUGUUUAUACCAGUUUUUGUAGAUAAUUUAUACCAAAAGAAGUUAUGGCUAUUUACCCUCAGAGGCUGAGCACACUUAACCCCGGUCAGCCGGUUCACCAUAUUUUAUGACCUUUUUUUGGAGCCUGUUUUGUAAUUGAAAAUUGGUAACAAUGAGCAAAUUGUUUGAUAUUAAACUUUAAUACUGAA